AUGCUGGUAGCUGCCUCCGGUCGGAUGGGCUCCUCAGGCUCUCUUGGCAGCCCAGGGACGUCCAUCGGGUGCAAGAUGCUCGGGGCUUCUCCAGAAGCGUACAUGGACUUUUUUCCCUCUCGUUUUGGACGUCCUAGCUCUGGCGGUGAAAGCUCUGCAUCACGGUCUUUCCUCGACAGUUCACCACAUUGCCUGCCGUACGACGAAACGGGAUCCCCUCCACCGUGGCCGUUAGCAACACGUCCCGAAGCUACCUCAAGAGUUCCCUGCACUCCUCCACGGAAAACUGGCUUCCCCAAACCCCCUCUUGGUACGCUGUCUCCUCCACCGGCUCUUCCCUCGGCAUCGUCCACAUUCUUUCUCGAAACACACUCGCUAUCAUCCAACCACUCGUUGCUGUCCGACAUUCCUUCAUUCAACAACCUACGCAACCUUGACGAUGUCUAUCCUCAGUAUGCCUCCCCGAGCCCCGCGCGCUCUCAAGCUAUCUCUCUUACUCAGUCUACCAAAUCCCGCCCUCAACCUAGGCCGUCCAUGGAGUCCAAUCGUUCUUCCUCGUCUCAUCGUGCCGUCACCGUCCAGCAACUUGCACUUGAUCUCCCUCUGGCUCGUUCUCGGAGCAGCUCUCUGUCGGCACUCAUUCGAGCCCUGGAAGACGCCUCCCCUGGCUGGUAUCAAUCUCUCAUGGACAGCGUAAUACCCCAAGGCGGGCCGCCGUCACCGAAAGAGUCCCCUCUUACAUCUCCACCGCAAAGCCCAGCGACGUCUCCUCCGCGGUCGUCCCCGGCAACUCCUUGGACCUCUCCGUCUCGUUCUCCCGAGGUAUCCGAAUCGCUACUGAAAGAGUCUCAGCCACACCUAUGGGACAACACUCCCCUUCUUGAGGAAGAUGAAUCUUCGGAGGACGGUUUACCACCGGACAUGCUGGCUCAUCUCGAAGAACUUGAACAGCUUGCAAUCGAGAUCGGACUCCUUCCGCAUCCUCGACCUCCAACGCUGGACGGGGACGCCCUGGACUCGUUGUUUCUUCAUCCAGCCAAGUCGGACUCGGUCGAUCCAUUCGAGGCUCAUCAUUGUGGGCUUUUCGCCUCUCUCGAGGAGCGUAGCUAUGAGAAGACGGUGCGACCUUCAUCUAGCCGGCCUUCCAGCGACACAUCGUCAUCCGGGCCUGCUUCGCCUCAGUCCUCGCUUUCUCCGGCGUCUCAGCACGCGUUCAGCCCUAGUCCCUCGACCGCCAAAGCCAACCUCGUCCAACACCCGAAGCUCGCGAAAACCCUCGGCCUUGACGAAGCUGGCCCGUCCACCCCCAUCAUGCGCUCCCCCGGCCUGUUCAAGACCAGGCGCAGCUCCCGCGGACUGUCUACACCCAUGUCCUCCCCGACGAAGCCGUCUCCUGCCAAGCCGUCUCCCACUAAGUCAUCUCCCACCAAGUCAUCGCCCACCAAGUCGCCUCCCACCAGGUCGAUUCGCGCGCCCGCCACCCCCGUCGUGACGGCGCCCAGGAAAGAGCCGUCUACGCCCCCGAAGACCCCUCGCACGCUCAAGCUGCACGCUUUCUUCCGCAGGCGCCCGUCGAUGCCUGCCCAGCCCCUCCCGGACAGCAGUGCGCGGCCCACGCUUAGCAGACGGGCGGUGACGGUCCCAGAGACGGGGGAGAACGGGAAGCUCGCCGACCGUCGAGGAGGGAACAUCGUCCGAGGGAGGAGCCAGAGGCACUUGAGCGGGAGUGCAGCGACCAGCUCGAGCGCAACGGAGCUGGCCGCCCAGCCGAGCACGACUUCCCUUGCUUCAUUCCUGCAGAUGAUGUGA